GCUGACAGGCCUCGGCCGGGAGAGACGAUGGCCAAAUGGCUGAAUAAGUACUUCAGCCUGGGCAAUAACAAGUCCAAGAGUCCCCCGCAGCCUCCCCGGCCCGACUACCGAGAGAAACGCAACGGUGCCGGCAGCGUGCCCCGCCCCGAAGGGCCUCCGCACCUCCACCUUCACCACCACACCUCGCCUGGUUUUCCUCAUCGCCGCCUGCGCGACGACACCAGUGACCUGCUCCGUGCCUAUCGCGCCCAGAAAGACCGCGACUUCGAGGACCCCUACAGCGGGCCCGGCUCGUCCCUGCGCAAGUUGCGCGCCAUGUGUCGCCCAGACUACUCCUCACCCGAGGACCUGGGCGAGGCAGCCCCCAAGGCUUUCUCCUCCUCUUCAUGCUGCGCCGCACCCCCCGCCACCUGCGCAGCUGGCUCCCCUCACCUCUUUCGCAGCCACAGCGAGCGUCGCCCGGCAACACCACCCAACGUGAAGUACAUCUCCCCCAAACACCGGCUUAUCAAGGUCGAGAGAGGCGGUGGCAGCGAUGGCGCAGACCAGAAGCUCAAUAAGGGCUCCAAGCAGCUGGCGACCUCUGUCCCCUCUGCCAUGAAAGAUAAAGUAUUGAUAGCUGAUGACUACUCAGAUCCGUUUGAUGCCAAAAGUGAGUUGAACAGAAUGGGAAAAGGGGAGAACACUGGCUAUAUGGAACCAUAUGAAGCCCAGAGAAUAAUGACUGAGUUUCAGAAGCAGGAAGGCAUGAAGUCCCAUCAGAAAAACAUGCAGCUCUAUGACACACCCUAUGAACCAGAAGGCAGUGGUGUGGAAUCGGAUUCUGAAAGUGUGGUGAGUCACCGUUUACAAGAAAGCAAAUUGCCACAGGAUGAUGACAGGCCUGCAGAUGAGUAUGAUCAGCCGUGGGAGUGGAACAAAGUCACCAUCCCAGCUCUGGCAGCCCAAUUUAAUGGAAAUGAGAAACGGCAAGCAUCUCCUUCUCCCUCAAAUGACCAGCACAGGCAGUUAAGAGCACCUGGAGGAGGCUUUAAACCCAUCAAACAUGGCAGUCCAGAAUUUUGUGGGAUCCUGGGAGAGAGAAUAGAUCCAACUAUUCAACUGGAAAAGCAGAUAUGGUAUCAUGGAGCAAUCAGUCGGACAGAUGCAGAAAACCUGUUACGCUUAUGUAAAGAGUGUAGCUACCUUGUAAGAAAUAGUCAGACAAGCAAGCAUGACUAUUCUCUUUCACUGAAGAGCAGUCAAGGUUUUAUGCACAUGAAACUGAUGAAAACCAAAGAGAAAUACAUCCUGGGUCAGAACAGCCCUCCCUUCGACAGUGUUCCUGAAGUCAUCCACUACUACACCACAAAAAAGCUGCCUAUAAAAGGAGCAGAACACUUGUCACUGCUCUACCCUGUGGCUGUGCGGACCCUCUAAUAACCUAGUCUCACCCCUUCCUGUGGAUAGGAGGUGAGAGGUAAGCUGGGUUCCACAGAAUUCAUUGCCGGAAUUCAGUGCUUGAGUCUGUGAUGGAGAGUGGCAGCCUUUAGUCUUGGGAACGUGAGCGCUCUGCAGAGUUGUGUAUGGGACUGUGUGUAUGGUACUUUCAUGCUGCAGCAUGCCUCUAGAACUGUGCUUCUACAUGAGAGAAAGAAAUCUUAUUUUAGUGCAAGAACAGAUAGCCUUCCCAGAGAUUCUCUGUGAGUGAAAGUACUUCCCAGCAAAAGUUCUUCCUCCAUGUUUUGAGCAGAAUCAACAAGUUCUUCUCAGCAGUAAAACACCAGCAACUUUUAUUCUCUUGCUACCCUGAGAAACUUCUCCAUGUGAAAGAGUAAUGUGACUCUGAGGGACCCUAGGGUGUUCUUGGUGCACCUGAGAAGGAGCUGCUUAGCAGGCAAGCCCCUGCGGCUCUGGUCACUUAGCUUGGUGGGUUUUGGUUUUUUAAUGCAGUUUCUUGGGGUAGUCAAAUGUUGAACUCCUAUUAGGCACACAUUUUAUCUUAAAAUAAUUUUGUGACGGCAAAUCAUGGUCAAUUAUUUAUGAAUAGGGAAUGUAAUUAAAAAGUAGUUUGUUAUACAUUUUUACCCUUUUUGGUACAAUAAUCUCUUAAAAGUUACUGUCUUCAUUUGCAAGUUUCAUUCAUAGAUGCAGGCAGCUAAUUCUGCUAGGGGCAGUUACACUGUAAUGUUUUAAGUAGUUGAGAAUGAGUCAUUUUAAUAUGCAGGUUAGUAUUUAUGCAUGAGGGUUGUCAAAGGCUUUUAUAAAGCUUUAGUAGGCAAAAUCUUCACUUGCUCAUUCAUCUGAAUCAAACAGUUGUCUCACUGAGGUAGCAGACUAACAAGUGUGUGUCACACUGCCUUUUCAUAAGAUGGCUUUUGCAGCUGUGUAAAUGAGAACUGCAGUAUGUAGCAGAGCAGAAGUUUUUUUUCUGGUGUACCAAGGCAUUCUUAAAACAUGGUCCCUUGACACAUACCUUCUGGCCAGUGUUCUUUUUCACCAUGAGCAGAAGCCCCCUGCUGUAUUUCAAUCACUGUCAGCCAGAAGCACUGCAGAAGCUGCUCUGUACCUUGGUCCUGCCAACUCAGUGCCCAUCCACUUGAGAUAUUUUCUACAUGCUCUGUGUGCUCGUUGAAUGGGAUAAGUGAAAAAAAUACAAUUGUGCAGAAAUUGGAACUGGGUAAUCAAUAGCCCGGUAGUCCUCACUUUGUGCCAUCUCCCACCUAUGACUAGAAGGUUGUGCAUUAACCCAUCAGCUGUUGUAGUAGCAAACUGGUUGUACGCAGUUUAUGUAUUUUACAGACUGCAAUAGGACUGUGAAAUUGUGUGUUAUUUAAUUCAGCUUUCUUACCUACUAUUCCCUUUUCUGUAUGCUUAGAAAGAAGUGCAAAUCUGAAAAUUGUAAUGGAAUAACCACUUGCUGCCUGUAAAAGUAGUGCUUCAUUGUAUUGUCUAAUCUGAUAAGAACCUCAAGGAUGUCCCAUAUAAUGUCAUCAGUGAUGAAUGUUCUGCUUCCUUUUAAGCCUGCCCUGUUCUUUAUAUGAUAUCCAACACAGUUUGAACAGGAGUGGAUCACACAUAUGUGAGGAGCCCAGUGUAAUUCUCUGCAGCAACAGUAGUGGGACAAGCUGUCCCUAUCUCACCUCAAAUUUGAAGCUGCAUUGGACUAGGUUCUUACUGGUUUUCUGAGAGAAGGGUGGCACAAUGGAGUAGAAAGACCUAACAUUCCUCUCCAAGUGAAACCAAAUAUCCCCUUUUUCAUGUACUCACCUGCAUGCACCUUUUAUUUCCCUAAAGUCUUUGCAGAACUCUUCGUUCUCCUCUUAACGUCACCCCGUUGGCAAGAGCAGGGCACUUUUAAGUUAGCAUAUUCUUCUCUCACCAGAGUAGUAGUUCAUGAAGAUGGCAGAGCUCGCAGGGAUUAGGAAUCAGAUUGCAUCCACUGCUGUCUGAGUCUUUGCAUGUGUGGGCUCUGGCAACUUCAUCAUGCCCCUUGCGACAGAAAUAUGUCAUGUUUCUUUUUGCAUGUUGAAGUGCAUUUUUGAGAAUCUGACACUGUUGCUGUUCUAUGGCCAUUUUUCUUCUUCUGUAAUGGAAAAGUAAGCCCCUACUCUCUCUAACAGCAAUUACCAGUAGAAACCAACAUUAUCGUUAGCCAAGGCCUUGCCAGUCUUCCUUAAGCACAUUGUCUUUAGCUCAUGGAGAUGACUGUUGUACUGAAUCUUUCUUGUCAUGGGCUUGAUCGAAAAUCAGCUGAAGCCAGCAGGUGCCACUUUAUUGCUGUCUGCAGAUUUUGGUUUGGGAUCCCUUGCUUCAUACAAAUCAGGUCAAUAUGCAUCAUACAAACAUGUAUACAGUUUAUUACAACUUCAAGGAUCAGAACAGGAUUCUUGGUUCAGCAAGAGGAAAUCAUCUCAGAAAAUGUUGGUUGUCUGUGGGAAGGUUUUUUGAUUAUUAUUUAAAAAGACUUUUAGAAAGUACUCAGUAAUUGCAGAAUAAAUAAAACCAGGAUUUUGUUUGCACUGUAAUGUAGUCUUUGUUUAUUUAAGUGAUUGUAUGAUAUUUUUCCACUGAAGGAAUAUUAUUCCCAGACUUUUUAAUGUACAGUGAAAAUACGGUGUGUUGCAGUGUGUAGUAUUGCAUAUAGGUGGAAGAU